CUGACAAGCCCGAAAGUCAUUUCCAACCUCAAGUGGACUUUGUUCCAACUAUUGGGGGCGUCGCUCCCCCUCUUCAUGAUCGCCGGCAAACUUCCUCCUCGGCGCUGCUUCUAAUGGAGCCCCACCUGCUCGGGCUGCUACUCGGCCUCCUGCUCAGUGGCACCAGGGUCCUCGCUGGCUACCCAAUUUGGUGGUCCCUGGCCCUGGGCCAGCAGUACACAUCUCUGGCCUCCCAGCCUCUGCUCUGCGGCUCCAUCCCGGGCCUGGUCCCCAAGCAACUGCGCUUCUGCCGCAAUUACAUCGAGAUCAUGCCCAGCGUAGCAGAAGGCGUGAAGCUGGGCAUCCAGGAGUGCCAGCAUCAGUUCCGGGGCCGCCGCUGGAACUGUACCACCAUUGAUGACAGCCUGGCCAUCUUUGGGCCUGUCCUGGACAAAGCCACCCGCGAAUCUGCCUUCGUGCAUGCCAUCGCCUCGGCUGGGGUUGCCUUUGCAGUCACACGCUCCUGUGCUGAGGGAACCUCCACCAUCUGCGGCUGUGACUCACAUCAUAAGGGGCCACCUGGAGAAGGCUGGAAGUGGGGCGGCUGCAGCGAGGACGCCGACUUCGGGGUGCUGGUGUCCCGGGAGUUUGCAGAUGCGCGGGAGAACAGGCCAGAUGCCCGCUCAGCUAUGAACAAGCACAACAAUGAGGCCGGCCGAACGACCAUCCUGGACCACAUGCACCUGAAGUGCAAAUGCCACGGGUUGUCGGGCAGCUGCGAGGUGAAGACCUGUUGGUGGGCCCAGCCCGACUUUCGUGCCAUUGGCGACUUCCUGAAGGACAAGUAUGACAGUGCCUCCGAGAUGGUGGUGGAGAAACACCGUGAGUCCCGAGGUUGGGUGGAGACCCUGCGGGCCAAGUAUGCACUCUUCAAGCCGCCCACCGAGAGGGACCUGGUCUACUACGAGAACUCCCCCAACUUUUGUGAGCCCAACCCAGAGACGGGCUCCUUUGGUACCAGGGACCGGACUUGCAAUGUCACCUCCCACGGCAUCGAUGGCUGCGAUCUGCUGUGCUGUGGCCGGGGCCACAACACGAGGACGGAGAAGCGGAAGGAGAAAUGCCAUUGCGUCUUCCACUGGUGCUGCUAUGUCAGCUGCCAAGAGUGUAUUCGCAUCUACGAUGUGCACACCUGCAAGUAGUGAGCCAGGGCACUGGGAAGGGGUAGAUUGUGCGGCUGGAUCCAUUCAUCGAAGUCCCAUGGGAAGCAGGAUCUAGACCUGGGCCAGCCUUCAGCACUGGCCAGCAAGGAGCAUGGACUGUUUGCCAGCUGCAUGUGAUAAACGACCCGGACCCAGCCGGCCUCGGAUGGAUGGGCGGCUUCUUUCUCAACUAACGUCUCUCCCCCUGCUCUGGAUGGUGUACGGCUUUACAGAGGGGCUUUCUUUAUGGUUUUACCAGGGUCUGCUGGGGACAGACUCGAGGCUUACCUUUGCACAUGUUAAAGAAAAUAAAAAUGAAAAAAAAAAAAUCUACCGCAACAGAACAGGCUGGGCUAGUGUGAGCUCUCGGCCUGGUGGGAAAGACAAGACCAUGGCGAGAUUCUGUGUCCAAGAUGCCUCUACUCGUGACAUUCCAAGAUGCCUCUGAGGUGGGAACUGUGAAAUGGGACAGAGUCCCCUCUUGUCUGUUGACUCCCAUUUAAACUGGACAUACCUUGUCAUUCUGAGAAAAGCCAUAGGUAUAGCCGGGAUGUGGUGAUGGGGAGGCCCUUGGCCAACAGUAGGAGCAGGAUCUUAAGUUUUGAAGACCUCAGAGUUCUGGGUGGCCUGGGAAGCCAUCUGCAGAACAGGGUCCCCUGCAGGUUCCUGUUUUCUCUAGCCCUGCUCUGCCCUUGAAUGACAGUCAGAUCUCCACACCCUUUUCUGUUGUUCUACAGUGUCCACCUUGACUACGUGUUUUUCGUGAUGACCUUGCAAAUAGGUCGGAUGUGGAGGCAGAUCUCUUCUGGCUCCAUCCACUAUAUUGCAGAAAGAAUGGGCUGGUCUGCCCUUCUCAGCCUUGUCAACCAGCAGACACCUAGGAGAGCAGCUGGGCACCUUAGAGAGCAAUCUACGUGGUUGGUAGGUGGGGCAGGUGAAGUGUCCCACUUCCUUUGUGUUAGGAGUCCUUUUCUCUCAUUGGCUGAAGUAACCCGAAAGACAAGAGAUCCUUCAUAAGCCCUUCUUCCCACUUGUGAAUGGGAUAGCCUAUCUUGGUCCCCAAGGAUCUGGAUUAGAUAUUCAAAAGAGGCAAGCAGUGAAUGGAGGCAGCUCCCAGCUCUGUUCCUGAUGCAUGAUGGUACUGGCUGGGUUUAGUAAGGUGGGUGGGGCUGCACAGAUCAAUUCAUCAACUCUAUCUUAAGGAGAAUCAGAAAGAGGAGAUAAGGUGGGGGAAUGAGGCAGAACAAAGAAUUUGGCCUUUCCCUGCUUCUGUCUAGGGUCUGCUAAUGCUGACUUGAUGAGGGGUCAGCCACUUCUUUCCUGUUAUGCAGUUGGCUUGCCAAGCAGGCUCCAGUAGGCCCUUGCCUGCACUCUCUACCACGUGACCAUGAACACUGCUCUAGGGACACCUCCCAUCCCUUCCUAGCACCCCAAAGGCCCCUUCCCAUCUCUCCUUCCCCAAGUUGGAAAUCAAGUCAACAGGAUAAUGCUUGCGUGAGGACACUCGAGCAGAACGGAUACAACAAGUUUCUUCAUAUCUAUGUAUUCUAUAUUAAAAGUGAUAAAGUCAUGUUUCUGGGGCGUAUUCAAGUAGCUGACAAGUAAUUAUUUAAUAAUAGUACAUGAGCGCAUUGUAAUUAUCCUUGCCAUAGUCAGGUAAUAGCAUCCAAUGGGAGUUCCCUACCAACCUGCUGUAUCCAAAGUUUUGUAAAAAGUUGUAGAAGUUGUUGAUCUUUUUGAUUUUAUAUUCAAAAAGUCUCUUUUUAUAAAUAUUAUUUAUUAUACAAUGUAUAUACCUUUGAGUUAACUAAGAUUAUAUAUUAUAUAAAUAUAUAUAUAUAUUUGGAGAAAAUCUAUUUCAUCAUGCAGUUUUUUUCUGUUAAAUCAUUAAAGAGAAGGUAAACUUC